CCUCGGCCUGGAGCGCGUCCAGGAGUGCGGUGGAACAAUAGUGGUCAAGGUGGUGGAGCGUCCCGAACACGGGCGCCGGCUCCUGGGAGGGGCUCUUCGGAAUCCGGACACCUUAGGGCUCCUGCCUGAAUUUUCUGCGCGGCCGCAGGCCAAUCCCCUUUCUGAGGCUCAAUUUCAGCGGCUGUAAAGCGGGAGGAUGGUUCUCGCCAGGCCAGGCCUCCUUUUUCAGGAUCGUUUGAGGGGCUCAGCUGAGCAAAUGGAGUCCAGGCCACUUUGUGAACCUCAAAGUCACGUAAAAACGGUGUUGCUGUUGAAAACGGAGUGUGGAGCCGCCGGGAGUGGAGAGCCCAGGGGUACUGAGGGCCUGAGGGAGCACAGGUGAACCCGGCUGUGGUCUCUGCGCGUAUGAGCGGAGUCAUCCAGAGAGCCGGCCCGACCAGGCCCCGGCCCUCCUGGGUUUGGGGGUGCGGUGAAUGGACAGUUAGAGGUGGUUUCCGAGAGUGCUAGCCCCGCGGAGGAAGUGAAAUGAGACCGGCUGGCGUGUUAAGGAGGGUCUGGGGAGACCUGGAUGGUCGGGGAAGGCCCUGUGAGGAGGUGAUGUUUGAAUGGAGGAACCGAAAGAAGGGACAGCGUUCCCGAGAGAGCCGGACUAGUGCAGAGCCCCGGGAGGAAAAGCGUCUGGUGUGAGCGAGGCUGGAGAACUCUCUCACUGUCCUUGCCGUUACCUCCUCUACCCCCGGGCUGAAGUCUGAACUACGGCAAAGGCAGAGGAGAGUAACUCUCCAACUUAAUAGUCAGUACGAGUCAAGGAAAAUAAUAGCCAUCAGGUGAAUUCAUGGCAUGGCGGGGCGGGGUGGGGGGGAGCCUCAGGAAAUGAAUUUACUUCCAGAUUCGAAUCCUUUGUCAUCCUCUUAUAUUCAUCGUCAAUUCCUCAAAUAUUUGCUGAGCCCCACUGUUACCCAGGACUGGAUAACUAAGACAUUGAUUGGUGUCAGGUUCUCUAAUGAUCUUGCUUCACCAUGGCUACAAAUAUGGAGGGGCUGGUUCAGCACAGAGUGGGGACCCAGCAGGUGGCUGAGUCCCGAAGAAGUCAGCAUGUGAUCCAAGUCCAAAGCAAGAUGCUGCCGUAGAAGAAAAAAUUACAGUCACAGGAACAUUUACUCCUAAAGUAUCUUUGCAUGAAUAGGCUGGCCUAGCUGCAUACAGUAAGGUGACUUGAAAAAAUUUCACCUUGAACAAAAAGUAAAAGAAUCUGACGCUUAUCAAACUUCUUUGUAGACUCGAAUUCACAUCCCAGAAAUGAUCUUGCAACAGAGCAUGCUUUGCUAACAGUGAUGCCUAUUGAGCCCUUACUGUGUGCCAGGUACCACGUAUACAGACUACUCGGCCGGAAUCUCCAGGGAUGACCAGCCCCUCCCCGCGCAUCCAGAUAAUCUCCACUGACUCUGCAGUAGCCUCACCUCAGCGCAUUCAGAUCGUGACAGACCAGCAGACAGGACAGAAGAUCCAGAUAGUCACCGCAGUGGACGCCUCCGGGUCCCCCAAGCAGCAGCUCAUCCUGACCAGCCCAGAUGGAGCGGGAACUGGGAAGGUGAUCCUGGCUUCCCCCGAGACCUCCAGCGCCAAGCAGCUCAUAUUCACCACCUCUGACAACCUUGUCCCCGGCAGGAUCCAAAUUGUCACUGACUCUGCUUCUGUGGAGCGUCUGCUGGGGAAGGCCGAGGUCCAGCGGCCCCAGGUGGUCGAGUACUGUGUGGUGUGUGGCGACAAAGCGUCGGGCCGUCACUAUGGGGCUGUCAGCUGUGAAGGCUGCAAAGGUUUCUUCAAAAGGAGCGUAAGGAAAAAUCUGACCUACAGCUGCCGGAGCAACCAAGACUGCAUUAUCAACAAACACCACCGGAACCGCUGUCAGUUCUGUCGGCUGAAGAAAUGCCUGGAGAUGGGCAUGAAGAUGGAAUACUGCAAGAGGGAGAGGUCACUGGCGUCACGUGAUGUCGCCCCCUUUAACCGUUGGCGGAGGCUGCACAGGCUUGAGCUGGACGUUGGAGUGGCUCCUCUGCCAGCAGAGCGUGGGCAGCUCUCUGCUGUGCAGAGUGAACGGAAGCCCUUCGACGUGCAGCGGGAGAAGCCGAGCAACUGCGCUGCGUCGACUGAGAAGAUCUACAUCCGGAAGGACCUGCGAAGCCCUCUGAUAGCCACGCCCACGUUCGUGGCAGACAAGGACGGAGCAAGACAAACAGGUCUUCUUGAUCCAGGGAUGCUUGUGAACAUCCAGCAGCCUUUGAUACGUGAGGAUGGUACGGUUCUCCUGGCCACGGAUUCCAAGGCUGAAACAAGCCAGGGGGCCCUGGGCACACUGGCAAACGUGGUGACUUCCCUUGCCAACCUAAGUGAGUCCCUGAACAAUGGUGACACUUCGGAAAUGCAGCCGGAGGACCAGUCUGCAAGUGAGAUCACUCGGGCGUUUGACACCUUAGCUAAAGCACUUAACACCACAGACGGCUCCUCGCCCCCAAGCCUGGCGGAUGGGCUGGACGGCGGCGGAGGGGGCAGCAUCCAUGUCAUCAGCAGAGACCAGUCCACACCCAUCAUCGAGGUCGAAGGCCCCCUCCUCUCAGACACUCACGUCACGUUUAAGAGCUGCCGUACCUUGGUCCCCCGUGCCGUGUGCUCUCUCCCCCAGCUCACCAUGCCCAGCCCGAUGCCGGAGUACCUCAACGUGCACUACAUCUGCGAGUCCGCGUCCCGCCUGCUCUUCCUCUCCAUGCACUGGGCCCGGUCCAUCCCGGCCUUCCAAGCCCUCGGGCAGGACUGCAACACCAGCCUGGUGCGGGCCUGCUGGAACGAGCUCUUCACCCUCGGCCUGGCCCAGUGCGCCCAGGUCAUGAGCCUCUCCACCAUCCUGGCCGCCAUCGUCAACCACCUGCAGAACAGCAUCCAGGAAGAUAAACUUUCUGGCGAUCGGAUAAAGCAAGUCAUGGAGCACAUCUGGAAGCUUCAGGAGUUCUGUAACAGCAUGGCAAGGCUGGACGUGGACGGCUACGAGUACGCGUACCUUAAAGCCAUAGUUCUCUUCAGCCCCGAUCAUCCAGGUUUGACCAGCACAAGCCAGAUUGAAAAAUUCCAGGAAAAGGCCCAGAUGGAGCUGCAGGACUAUGUACAGAAAACCUACUCGGAAGACACGUACCGGUUGGCCCGGAUUCUCGUCCGCCUGCCGGCGCUCAGGCUCAUGAGCUCCAGCAUCACGGAGGAGCUGUUCUUCACCGGCCUCAUUGGCAACGUCUCCAUAGACAGCAUAAUCCCCUACAUCCUCAAGAUGGAGACCGCGGAGUACAACGGCCAGAUCACCGGAGCCAGCCUGUAGCUCGCACGCCCCCGCUGCCGGGCCGGGCCAGGCCCAUCGCCGCUCGGACAGACAGACAGGUGGCACCUGGUACGUGCACGGAUCUCCAGUACGUUAGCUGCUUCCUGCCAGGUUUCUGUUAACCCCAGACAGUAGCAACUGAAAGACUAGUAGGAUCUUUUCCUGCCAUAAGAAAUGUUUUAAUGCCUUUUGAUGAAGCAGCAGAUUUUGGAACAAUCUUUUAAUUCAAUUUGUAUUUAGAAAUUCUCAAAAGGCAAAAAAAGAAAAGCAAAGUUUUAUAACGUCAGAGACUAGUAUUAAAAAAAACUAAAAACUAAAAGAACCUAAGAGAACAGUAUGUGUAUAUAUAUUAAAAAUGUCCUUGGAAUUAAUAGCUACUAAUUACCAGGGUAAUAAUAUUAGCACUUUCUAAGCACUUCUUAUCAAUGUGUAAUGUUCGCAACAUCUUGCCUUUGUGCAGGGCAAAUGGAAAACUGUGUGUCUUUUGCCGAAAUGCUAAUGAUUUCUGUGAAAAUGCAAUAGGGUACAGGAGACAAUCAUUUGUGUUUAAGGAAGGCAGGCAUCAUUCCUAACUGUACGCGUACAUCGCUGGUGUCGAGCUCGGCUCCGAGGAGUGGGUGAGAUGUGGCUUAUCUGUCCGUGCGGUCAGUCGGGGUGUGGCAGCACGACCAUGGUGACCCAGACUCGAAGCUUCCUCAGCCAGAGCGCAUGCUUGUCGGGGGCCCUGGCCCUGCCUGCUCUGACAGGCCGCGCAGGCUUCUCCAAACCCGGGCUCUCUUCUGGUGACUGGUUCUCAAAAUUGGAUUAAACGAGUCAGACGUUAACUGCCAAUUCCUGCAGCGACCGAAAACGUCCCCAGCACAUCUCCGCCACCCGCAGCUGAUGAAGUGUUCUGACCGAAAGGUGCAAGGUGGGCAUUGUGAACCCUUAACAGGACUUCCUGACUGCAGUGUGGGGGGCUGCACGUGGCCAGGUGGAGGAGUGGGAGGGCUCCCUUCUCAACAGUUUCCACCCCAGAUGCCCCCUGAGAAGGGCCUGUGUUCCUGCAGUUCGGGCAGAGGUGGGUGUCGGCACCCAGUGGGACGGUUUUCAGUGUCUCCAGACUCAGCACUUCUGUCAGCAGGUCUCUUGGUGGUCCUGGCGCCUCUCGCACUUGGGUUCCACAGGGUUGUGCCCGCAGACACCCCUGGAGUGUCCUGGAUGGUGGGUGCAGAAGCAGGCCGCCUGCUCCUCAAAACCACCCCUAAUUCCCAGUUACCUUCUCCUUGUAAGUUACAGUGGCCGUCGCUUACAACACAGAAUGUGGUUUGGGGGCAGUGGUGUCAGAGGAAAGCGCCCGUAAACUCCCACAGAUGUGAAUAAGCAGUGAGGCUGGGUCGGUACGUGGUACUUCCUUUCUGUGUAGCCCAGGUUAAGAAAAUACAGCGUGAGGCCAAACUGGCAUGUCUCGAACCUUUCAUCAGAGGAUGUCCCAAGCACUCAUGCCUCCAGGUGUCCUGGUCCGUCUGGACGCGCAGCCCAAAGCGGAGGGGAGCGAGGCGGGUGCCCGCGGCUGUGCGUGGGUGCUGGGCUGCUCACAGCAGAGCAGGCCGCUUUCCUCUGAAGUUAUCGGCACCAUUUGGAUUUGAUUAUAUCAUUUGUAGUUCAUGCUUUGGGAGCAAAUUUGAGAAAUGGUAGGGGUGCCCACUAUAAAAUGAUGGAAAGGAUUUAAUUUUGCCAGCUUAAAUUCUUGGUUUUCUAACUUUGAAGUGAUUUAAAUUUCAAAAUUAAGAUAAAACUGGCCAAGAGGAUGGCCAAGGUAGGUGUGUGUCAUUUCUGCUCGUGAAGGAUUUUCGCAGAGGGCAUUUUGAAGCACGUGUGCGUGUCUUACACAGCAAGUUGCCUAUUUUUCUGUUCUGGUUUUUGAAUGUAAGCAUGUCUGUGGGUGAUGUAGCAGCUCCCUGGGAGCACAUGUCACGUCUGAGCUCUUGGUGGUGCAGAGGUCAGUGCUGGCUGGCUCCCCUCCUUCCAGGGGCAGGCCUGUGUCUGUGAGGCUUAAACCUAGACUGAGGUCCUGAGCACGGCACUGUGGAGACGUGUCGGGAUGGGGAGGCGUGAGCACUCGGGCAAGAAGUGCCACGCUUCAGGAGGGCCACCGGUUCUACCCGGCCCUGCCCCCGAGUCCCUUCACUGGUGACAGCUGAUUCCAGUGGACCGCUGUGGGCUUUGUACACGCACUAGUUUCCCAGAGCCUCUUGGCCAGACCUGGAAGUGGGUUUUUCCUUGCGAAUCGGCUCCAGGUUCCCUGAAUUCUUGCUGCCCCCGUCAUCUUAGGCCUUUGCCAGCAGGUCCGUUCCCUCUCUUGGCAAACUUACUUAAGGAGAUUGUAAGCAAAUAUUUGGGCUCAACUUUCACAAGGGUUUUAACCUCUUAGAAGUUUGUUAAACUCUGGUUUAGUGAUGUGAGACCAGCCCUCUGCCGCCUGAAUCUGAGCGGAAUACACCAGGAGCGGGUCCUUUGCCACGGAGCGCGGUCCCAGGCCACCUUCCCCAUCCCCAUCCCCCCUUAGCAGGGGGGUGGGACGGACACACCGUCACUGCUCAGUGACGUGCGCUCUCUUCCAGAGCUGUUUCAGAUGACGUUGGACAGUUAGGUGUUGGAAUUUGUGGAGUUCAUUACAUCUAAUCUCAAAACAGAACAGGAAGAGAUUUAGAAAAAGACCAAAUUACUCAAGCAUUUUCCAAGUUAUUUCUGGGAAGUAUUUUUGCAGAAGUGUGUUACCGCCCUUGAUUUGAGAUGUCUGUAUGGGGUGGGGGGGUACAUUAUUUAUUGUCUAGCCUUUGCUGUGAGGCUGUGGUUGGGGUUCCUUUGUCAUUUGGGUUUUGUAUUUAAUUUCAGGUGUAGUCACUUGUAAGAUGUUGUGUAACUGCCCUCAAGAGGGAUUGUUUUCUAGCCUGUCAGUGUCAGUAUUAAACGUGCACUCUGUCUCGAGGCGGUGGCGAUGGAUGCGGUGGCGAUAGAUGCGGCGCCGGGAUGUGGGGAGCCAUGCACUGGAAGGGCUCGCGCUGUAGCGGUGCCGUGACUCGGGGAAGAGGGGCACGUCUGCCUCACCAGCAGCCCUUGGCUGGGGAUCCAGGUGCCAGGGCCUGAUGAGAUUAGAUCCUGGCAGCGCCCUGCCCGCCUUCCAGUGGAAGUGACCCAGGUGUGGUGGGGCCGUCGGGGACAUCUCAGCUCCUCUGAGUCCAGGUCGUGGAAAGCGGCAUCUUCCAACGCUCACCUUUAUUUCGGAGGGUGGUGCCCUUCAGAGCCUGGGAAGGUCCAAGAAGGCAGGGCAGAGGCCCACGUGCUCCCCUCGUCCCACCCGUUCUCUCUAGGCCAUGCAGCGCUUUGAAAAUGUCUUAACUCUGAUGUAAAUUUGCAGAGCCAGCCCCCCACUGCGGCAGGGGGUGGGCGUCUGUUCACGGGUCCUGGGCCUCCCACGUGUGCCUCCCUCCGGCGUGCACGCGUGUCCUGCCCUGGGUCCCCGCGGCAGCGCCGUGCGUGUACAGAUUUAUAGGCUUGUGUGACUGGAUGAAUGUACAUGUGUUUAUACCUUCUCCGUGUACAGUGUACAUAGCGUGUGUGUACAUAGGUGUACAUUAUGUAUACAGACAUGUAGCCACGUACCCAGAUUCUGCUGUUUUACAGAGAACCCGUGACAAGAGUUGCCACAGUAAGUUGCUGUGGGUGUCCCAAGGUCCCAGGACGGGUCUGCUGAGAUAUCCUUAACUCCAUUUUCCUUUGGGUGAGCCUGGCCGGGAAAGGCCAGAGGUCAGAAUCGCUACACCGGGAGUCCCAGACAGAAAGGCCCUGGCAGGACCACACUCGCUUCUCCAGGCUCAGACAAGGGCUAGGAAGCUAGAAGGCAGUCUAUCCUCAUGUCCGAAACCAGGUGGGGACCUUGAACCUAGUCAUUACACACCGACCUGUGGCCUGAGCGAAGGAACUGGGCUGUGAGAGCCGACGCCAUCCUGCCUGCGUCUGGGCCCGACUCCCAGUGCGGUAGCAACAGCCCACCUGCCCUGGGCUCGGUCAGCAAAGGUGGGCACCGCCCUGUGACCAUCUCCCUAACACAGUCGAAAGACAAGUAUUUAAAAAUAAGCAUGAAUAGUGAUUGCUAACUUUUAUAACAUAAAAUUAUAAAUUACAAAUCAUAAUUUACUUCUCUAAAUGUAGCACGUAAAUGAAGCCCACUGACCUUGUUUCUGUAAAUUAUGAUUUAAAAAUCUUUAAAUUUCAGAUAAAAAAAGGAUUUUAGUAUGGAUGUAGGCCCUUAAAGCCACAGAUGCAAAUGUUCCUCAUCCCGCUCUAUCCUGACAAGUCUUCCCCAUUAAUCGGGCUGUAAACUGAGACCCGGCCCAGCCGGAGAGGCUCACAGACCUGGCAGGCGGGGGCCUGGCGGGGGCGCCACGGGGUAAGUGCAGAAACUCAUCGUCCACAGGUUGCUUUAAAAAAAAAAGACAUGUUUGAAAACCCUUCAUUGAGACCACAGUACUCAGUGCCUUUUGUGAGACGGCGCAUCCUCAGCCUUCAGCUUCCCGCAGCGUCGGGCCUCUCUGCGUCCUGGCCCGGCGUGACAAUCACACUGUGGGAGGUGGCUUUCCAGUUAAAGUACAAGCGGGAGGAAGCCUGACAGCCUCCAAACGGAUCUUUAGAAGUUUCCCUUUGGGGCUACUUUUCUUAACUGUAAUCUAAGAAUAAUUAAACUGUAAGUUUAAAAAAGGCGUCCUGGGGGUGGGGUGAGGGAGGUCUGAGGCGUCUUUAAUGCCCAGCUGUACUUGCAGUUAAGGAGCCAGCAGUACUUUUGAAAUGCUGGGGAAACGGCUCAGCAGCAUUUAUCGGCUGACUGCGCUGAAGCUCAGUACCUAGGAUGACACCUGGAAAUAGCAGACUCCACAUUAAAAACGGCUUUUCCUUAGGAAAGUGUGAUCGGUUAUCAUUAACACCCGGGCGCUCAUGGACUCUAGUGCUGGACUAUUUUUCUAGUCUCUCCGUUCUCCCAGUUACCUUGUAAACCAGUGUUCAGCUAGUUUUAUAACUGAAAGAUGUACGUUUUUCAUAGUACAAACCAUAGUUUUUACCUGUAGUUUGGACCUCUCUGUUAAAAUGUAGCUGCACUACCAGGCCUUUUGAAAGAAGUCUGUUAAAGGAAAUUUGGGUGUUAGAUUUUCUUGGGACCGUUUCUGUAACCUCUGCCCUUCACAACAUAGAAAAUACUGUUUAUGCCAUUACAGUUUAAUUCCAGGUUUAAAAUCUGUUGAAGGCUGUAGCUUGAAAUCAGCUUUGUUUAUGUGAUGGCAUUUAAAAAAUAGCAUGUUUCUUUUUAAACUGAAUUUUAUACCUAAUCAAUGUCUUCAGUCUUGGAGAAGAAUUUGCAUUGUUGUGUUUGUAUAUAGUGUAUUGCAGUGCAUGAAUUAGCUUUAUGCAUUUUAUUAAAUGCUGUUUCCAUGUGGCAUUAUUGUUGUGGCUUAUUUACUACUACCUAAAUGAGGUUUAUACUAUUAAAGUGAAUUAAAGGC